UUCAAUAUACAAGAGCGAGCGAAAACAGCAAGUGAGAGAGCAUUGGCAAAAACACACCGAUGGCACUACGAGACGAACUUCUGAAGUCAAUAUGGCAUGCUUUUACAGCGUUGGAUGUGGACAAAAGCGGAAAAGUGUCCAAAUCCCAAUUAAAGGUGCUGUCCCACAACUUAUGCACAGUGAUGCGGAUCCCUCACGACCCAGUGGCUCUUGAAGAGCACUUUAAGGAUGACGACGAGGGACCUGUUUCCAAUCAGGGUUACAUGCCUUACUUGAAUAAGUUUAUUCUGGACAAGGUCCAGGACAACUUUGACCGGCAGGACUUUAACAGGAUGUGCUGGACCCUGUGUGCUCGCAAGAACCUGGAUAGGAGCAACCUUCUCAUCUCGGAUGACAGUGCCUUCAAGAUCUGGUGCAUCUUCAACUUCCUGUCCGAGGAUAAAUAUCCACUGACCAUGGUCACUGAAGAGAUUGAGUACUUCCUACGGAAGCUGACCGAUGCCAUGGGGGGCAGCUGGGUUGAGGAAAGGUUCGAGGACUACAAGCUGGAGCUGAGUGCCAAGCAGCAGUGUCUGAAUGCUUGGGAGCUGAUCCACUUGGUGGGCACUGGGAGUUUCAGCAAGGGCAUGGACCACCAGACACUUUCCAUGGGCAUCACCGAGGUCUACCAAGAGCUGAUCCUGGAUGUGCUCAAACAGGGCUACAUGAUGAAGAAGGGCCACAAGAGGAAGAACUGGAUAGAGCGUUGGUUCCUGCUAAGGCCCGACUCAGUUGCCUACUAUGUGAGCGAAGACCUCUUGGAGAAGAAGGGGGACAUCAUGCUGGACGAGAACUGCUGUGUGGAGUCAUUACCGGAUAAGGAAGGAAAAAAGUGCCUCUUCUACAUCAAGUGCUCUGAGAAAAGUUUUGAGAUCAGCGCAUCGGAUAAAAAGAGGAAGCAGGAAUGGAUUCAGGCCAUCCAGACGAGUGUUAGCCUGCUGAAGCUAGGCCGCCCAGCGCUGCAUCGCGAGUCGCGCCUGAAGCGUCGCGAGCUCCGUCAGAAACAGCAGGCGGAGCAAGACGAGCUGGAGCUCAGGAUGACGGAGCUGCAGACAGCCAAUGAGAACAAGCAGCAGGAACUGGAUGCCAUGAGGAAGCAACUAGACGAGGCGGCAGCCAGCGCAGCAGAGGAGGAGCGCAAGCGACAGCAGACCCAGACAGAGCUCCAGGACCGCUACAGGAUGGACCUGGAGAGAGAGAAAAUGGUGCGUCAGGAGAUGGAGGAGCAGGUGGCCCAGAAGUCCAGUGAGCUGGAGCAAUACCUCCAGCGGGUCAAGGAAUUAGAAGACAUGUAUCACCGCCUGGAGGAGGCACUAGAGGACGAGAGAAGUGCCAGGCAGGACGAGGAGACCGUGCGCAGGCUACAGGCCCGGUUACUGGAGGAGGAAGUAGCCAAGCGGGCUGAGCUGGAGGAGAUCCACAUCCACCAGCAGAGGGCGAUCUCUGAGACUGAGGCAGAGAAGCAGCAGCUAGAGAAGGCCAGGCUGGCCAAGGAGAGCGCCCUGGAGGCCGCCAUGCUGCAACUGGAGCAGCUUGAGAGUGAAAGACAGGGGGCGCUAGAGCAAUACCAGGAAGUGAUAAAGAAACUGGAGGAUGCAGCUAAUAACACCAGGACAUGGAAGCACAAAGUGGCCCACCACGAGGGCCUGGUCCGCCUCAUUCAACCAGGCUCCAAAGGAUCGCAGAGAAUGACAAACUGGGGCCCUGCAGCUUUCAGUGAGGGAGAGUUGAGUCUGAGGGAGAAGGACUGGCAGGAAAAGAGGAACAGGCCCCCCACAGAGGCACAGUAGUACCUCCCCCCCAACACACACACACGUCCACACAAGUGCCUUCCUGAACUCAUGAACACACAUCACAACAAUGUUGUACUACAGAUGUUUCACAUUUAAUUGGCUCUGCACUGCAUCACGCCGUUGUGGUGAUUUACAUUUUGGUCUUUUUCUGGCAACUUGUUUACUGAAAUAAUUCAGUUAAAUAACUUAGUUUAAGUUUAGUUAUUGUUGUGUGAUUCACUAACCCGUUGUCAUACUACUGCAUAAAAAACAAUCCUUUACUUGGGUACCAUUCAAACAAACCUACAUAACCUUACAUGAACCUUUCCAUAAAAACACAAACAAAAGUAAUUUAAAGAGUCUGUUUUCUGGAAGCAAAUCAGUGACAUGUUU